AUGGGAAGCAAAGGCCGCAUGCCACCGCCACAACAUUUACGCCGUCCGCAUCCACUUCCACCAGGUCCCGCCAUGCUUCACCACGACCAAGUGGGUCCUGCAAUGCACCACCACGCGCUGCCACCUCCAUUUGAUCUCAUGCCGCCGCCUCAGGCGAUGGAACAGAAACUUGCGUCACAGCACGGGGAAAUGCAGAGGCUGGCUACUGAGAAUCAGAGGCUGGCUGCUACGCAUGGGGUUCUGAGACAGGAGCUUGCUGGGGCACAGCAUGAGCUGCAGAUGUUGCACGCACAUGUUGGAUCUCUUAAGGCGGAGAGGGAGCAGCAGAUGAGGUCUGUGGUUGAUAAGAUUGCGAAGAUGGAGUCGGAGGUAAAGGCGGUGGAGCCGUUGAAUAUGGAGUUGCAGAAGGCGCGUGGGGAGGCUCAGAGUUUGGUGGUUGCGAGGGAGGAGCUUAUGGCAAAAGCUCAACAUUUGAAUCAGGAAAUUCAGAGGGUUCAUGUUGAUGUGCAGCAGAUUCCGGCUCUCAUAUUAGAGCUUGAGCGUCUCAGACAAGAGUACCAGCAUUGCAGGUAA